CUACUUCGACAAGGCAAAUCGACCAAUGUUUACCUUUGAAUCUUGUAGUAAAUAUUGCAGUAAUUAAUAUUACUGAUGAAGGAUUUUAUCUUGAAUAUAAAGACCUUCUGGAAGAAAUCAGUUUUUCUUCAGAAGACGCAAAUAUAAAACAAAGAUAA